GGUGUUUUUUUUAAAUAAAAAGCCGGAAAACCAAGAAAACCGAAAAAAUUGUGUUGCCGUUUCAGACAGUGUGUGCACACCUGAGCUAUUUUCCACAAACAGCUGACUGGCCGCAGCCAACUUUGCGCAGCGCAGUACAUUGGUGUGUGUGUGUGUGAAUUUUUCAUCAGCGCCGCGGCCACAGACGAAAAAGUCUUAAAUAUUUUUUAGUAAUAGGCUAUUGAACGAAUUAAUAAAACGAUGGCGUUGCGAGUUCUUGGCGUGACGCAGAAUAUGCGCUCCUUCAUGCGGGGCGUUGACAUGAUCAAGCGCUACAAGUCGGCUGCCACCCUACAGAAGACUCUGCUGAACAUACCCGCCACCCAGGUGACCAAGCUGGACAACGGUCUCCGCGUGGCUAGCGAGGAUUCCGGUGCCUCCACCGCCACCGUGGGACUGUGGAUCGAUGCGGGCUCGCGCUCCGAGAACGAGAAGAACAACGGAGUUGCCCACUUCCUGGAGCACAUGGCCUUCAAGGGUACCGCCAAGCGCUCGCAAACGGAUUUGGAGCUGGAGGUUGAGAACCUGGGCGCCCACUUGAACGCCUACACCUCCAGGGAGCAGACCGUCUUCUACGCCAAGUGUUUGUCCAAGGAUGUGCCCAAGGCCGUCGAGAUCCUGGCCGACAUCAUCCAGAACUCCAAACUGGGUGAGGCUGAGAUCGCCCGCGAGCGUUCGGUGAUUCUGCGCGAGAUGCAGGAAGUGGAGAGCAACCUGCAGGAGGUGGUCUUCGAUCACCUGCACGCCACCGCCUAUCAGGGUACUCCCCUGGGCCAGACCAUCCUGGGACCCACCAAGAACAUUCAGUCUAUUGGCAAGGCCGAUCUAACCGACUACAUCCAGACCCACUACAAGGCUUCGCGCAUCGUUCUGGCCGCUGCUGGCGGCGUCAAGCACGAUGAUCUGGUCAAGCUUGCCUGCAGCAGCUUGGGUGGCCUGGAGGCCAGUGUGCUGCCCGCGGAGGUGACUCCCUGCCGCUUCACCGGCUCCGAGGUGCGUGUGCGCGACGAUUCCCUGCCCCUGGCCCAUGUCGCCAUCGCCGUCGAAGGCUGCGGCUGGACCGACCAGGACAACAUCCCCCUGAUGGUGGCCAACACCUUGGUGGGUGCUUGGGAUCGUUCUCAGGGCGGUGGCGCCAACAACGCCUCCAACCUGGCCCGUGCCAGCGCUGAGGAUAACCUUUGCCACAGCUUCCAGUCGUUCAACACAUGCUACAAGGACACCGGACUCUGGGGCAUUUACUUCGUGUGCGACCCUCUGCAGUGCGAGGACAUGCUCUUCAACGUGCAGACCGAAUGGAUGCGUCUGUGCACCAUGGUUACCGAGGCUGAGGUCGAGCGCGCCAAGAACCUUCUGAAGACCAACAUGCUCCUGCAGCUCGACGGCACCACACCCAUCUGCGAGGACAUUGGCCGCCAGAUCCUGUGCUACAACCGCCGCAUCCCUCUGCACGAGCUGGAGCAGCGCAUCGAUGCCGUGAGUGUGGGCAAUGUGCGCGACGUCGCAAUGAAGUACAUCUACGAUCGGUGCCCAGCCGUCGCUGCCGUGGGUCCGGUUGAGAACCUGCCCGACUACAACAGAAUCCGCUCCUCCAUGUACUGGUUGAGGGUUUAAGAGGUUCCGCCCCGCUGUUGUUGGACAUUGUAGUUUAAUUCAAAAGAAAAUUUCGCCCCCAGAGGAUCAGUAAACCGAUAAUACUAAAAGUUA